AUGAUAAUGAAUGUCGAUGACCUCUACUCGUGGUCGAACUCGCACGACAUGAAUCUCACUCUGCUGAUUCCCAGUGCCAACUUUAUAGCAAAAAUUGCUUCGGUUGAUAUUGGUCACACGAAUAUCAGACGGUCUUUCGACCUGGUGCGUGACGGCAUAGCGUGCAGUAACGGCAUUAUCUACGUCAUCGACGGCUUCCUGAACUUCCCGCUGAAUGGCGCUCACUUUGAGUUGACGCAUCAACCGGAUAUUAGUCUUGGAAGCGAUCAGCUGCUGAAGCUUAUACCGAGCGACUCCGGUAUCGAUCUGACGUCAUUGAAGACCAUGUACACGGUGUUCGUUCCCUCGGACUCCUCGCUGGACCCGCAGCAUCUCAGUAGGCCGGAACUGAAGUACAUAAACGCCAACCUCAAUAAGGACGCGAAGAUGGCAAUCGUUCGCCGCCAUAUCGUCCCCAACCAAAAUGUGGAUUACGACAGCAUCAUCGACGGGUCCUUCGGCGCCUACGCAGGCAGCAGAAAUAUCACAGUGAUAGCUAGAACUGACGGGUUUUAUCUCCGUUGGGAGGACAUCGAAGCCAAGAUCGUCAAACCAAACAUUUUAGCCAUUAACGCAAUAAUACACGUGGUGGAUCGGUUCCUUAUGACGUCACCAUACCAGACCACCACACUUCCGCCAACGACCUCGACGACUACUCAAAAACCUGUAUCAUCCGGUUAUACUAUCCACGGCUCAGUUCACGCCCAUUAUGCCUCAUUUAAUGUUUAUUUCGCGUAUUUCAUUUGUUUCGUGUUUUCACAAGUUGUCAAGUAUCUGGAUGUCUGUAGAUGAUGCAAGUGAAAUAUUUCAUGAAUUGUUUCGUUUUUUUCCUUUGAAAUACAUUGUGUUAUAUUUUGUUGUAUACAACGCAACGGCAUUUUAGGUAAUGAUGCAUACUUGAUUAUGUAUUAUACUUUAAAAUGUUCACGCUCCCUUUUAUUUUAAGAAACGAUUGACUUUUUAUUUAUGUUUGCUUGUAUUUGUUUGUUUGCUGAACAAGUGAUCUUAAUGUGUUGCGAUGAAACCGUCUUCCGUUCCCUCGAAUUGUUCGGAUUUUGCUUUAAUACAUAUAUUUUUUUUAAAUAAACAUGUUUUCAAUUACAUAAUUAUGAGUAAUGCAUGAGUAUCAUCAAUCAUGUAUUGUUUUCAGAUUAUUUUGUGAUUAUUACAUGUUUAACUGUUGUAACGAUUUUAGUUAUAUAAUAUUAAUACAUGUACUAUUAAACGAUUUCAGGAUU